GCGCCUUCUCUUUAUAAGCCCGCAGUGCCCGGAUGUGAAUGGAUUACAAUGUAUCUUUCAGGGAAACCUAUUAUUAUCAAUGUGACUCCACAGGGGAGUCAAUGGUGAUGAUGAUGAGGAGGAGGAGGAUGAUGAUGAUGAGACACCUCUAAACUUGGAACAAGUUUAAGACUUUAUAAGAGGAGAAGAAAAAAAAGCACCACCAAGACUUGUUUGAGGAAAAAUCAUAACUAUCCUGUAUUGCUAUUUUUUAUAAACAAUAAGAAAAAGUUGUCGGAUUUUUUUUUUUAAUGAUUUCUUUUUGGGGGGAGGGAAUUUUGUUGCAGUUUUAUGGUGGAAAAUGCAAAAACCAGAGCCAGGUGCAUAAUCUUGUAUUUUGUGGAUAUCCCUGGAGCAGAACUGAGUACCAGUUAAAAUACUUUUUUGGGGGAUACACAUGUGAGAUACUAAGUACUUGCAGAAGAUUUUUGUCUCUCUUUUUAAAGUCACUUUCCUUGGAAUAUUGUGAGAAUAUUUGUGGCCAUUUAAGGUUUGUGUGAUUUUGCUAAAAUGCAUCACCAACAGCGAAUGGCUGCCUUAGGGACGGACAAAGAGCUGAGUGAUUUACUGGAUUUCAGUGCGAUGUUUUCACCUCCUGUGAGCAGUGGGAAAAAUGGACCAACUUCUUUGGCGAGUGGACAUUUUACUGGCUCAAAUGUAGAAGACAGAAGUAACUCAGGGUCCUGGGGGAGUGGAGGACAUCCAAGCCCGUCCAGGAACUAUGGAGAUGGGACUCCCUAUGACCACAUGACCAGCAGGGACCUUGGGUCACAUGACAAUCUCUCUCCACCUUUUGUCAAUUCCAGAAUACAAAGUAAAACAGAAAGGGGCUCAUACUCAUCUUAUGGGAGAGAAUCAAAUUUACAGGGUUGCCACCAGCAGAGUCUCCUUGGAGGUGACAUGGAUAUGGGCAACCCAGGAACCCUUUCGCCCACCAAACCUGGUUCCCAGUAUUAUCAGUAUUCUAGCAAUAACCCCCGGAGGAGGCCUCUUCACAGUAGUGCCAUGGAGGUACAGACAAAGAAAGUUCGAAAAGUUCCUCCAGGUUUGCCAUCUUCCGUUUAUGCUCCAUCAGCAAGCACUGCCGACUACAAUAGGGACUCGCCCGGCUACCCUUCCUCAAAACCAGCAGCCAGCACUUUCCCUAGCUCCUUCUUCAUGCAAGAUGGCCAUCACAGCAGUGACCCUUGGAGCUCCUCCAGUGGGAUGAAUCAGCCUGGCUACGGAGGAAUGUUGGGCAAUUCUUCUCAUAUUCCACAGUCUAGCAGCUACUGCAGCCUGCAUCCCCACGAACGUUUGAGCUAUCCAUCACACUCCUCAGCAGACAUAAAUUCCAGUCUUCCUCCGAUGUCCACGUUCCACCGUAGUGGUACCAACCAUUACAGCACCUCUUCCUGUACACCUCCUGCCAACGGGACAGACAGCAUCAUGGCAAAUAGAGGAAGCGGGGCAGCAGGCAGCUCCCAGACUGGAGACGCUCUGGGGAAAGCACUUGCUUCGAUCUAUUCUCCAGAUCACACUAACAACAGCUUUUCAUCAAACCCUUCAACUCCUGUUGGCUCCCCUCCUUCUCUCUCAGCAGGCACAGCCGUUUGGUCUAGAAAUGGAGGACAGGCCUCAUCAUCUCCUAAUUAUGAAGGACCCUUACACUCUUUGCAAAGCCGAAUCGAAGAUCGUUUAGAAAGACUGGACGAUGCUAUUCACGUUCUCCGAAAUCAUGCAGUGGGCCCAUCUACCGCCAUGCCUGGUGGUCACGGGGACAUGCACGGGAUCAUUGGACCUUCUCAUAAUGGAGCAAUGGGUGGUCUGGCCUCAGGGUAUGGAACCGGUCUUCUUUCCGCCAACAGACAUUCACUCAUGGUUGGGGCCCAUCGUGAAGACGGCGUGGCCCUGAGGGGCAGCCAUUCUCUUGUCCCAAACCAGGUUCCAGUACCACAGCUUCCUGUCCAGUCUGCAACUUCCCCUGAUUUGAACCCACCCCAGGACCCUUACAGAGGAAGCACUGGCAGAAAACCAAGAAUCCAUUUUGAUCCAAAAAAUGGCAUGCCGCCAGGAUUGCAGGGCCAGAGUGUCUCCUCCGGCAGCUCUGAGAUCAAGUCCGACGACGAGGGUGACGAAAACCUGCAAGACACGAAAUCUUCCGAGGACAAGAAAUUAGAUGACGACAAGAAGGAUAUCAAAUCCAUUACUAGGUCAAGAUCUAGCAAUAAUGAUGAUGAGGACCUGACACCGGAGCAGAAGGCAGAGCGGGAGAAGGAGCGGAGGAUGGCCAACAACGCCCGAGAGCGCCUGCGUGUCCGAGACAUCAAUGAGGCAUUCAAGGAGCUGGGCCGCAUGGUGCAGCUCCACCUCAAGAGUGAUAAGCCCCAGACCAAGCUCCUGAUCCUCCACCAGGCUGUGGCCGUCAUCCUCAGCCUGGAGCAGCAAGUCCGAGAAAGGAAUCUAAAUCCGAAAGCUGCGUGUCUGAAAAGAAGGGAAGAGGAAAAGGUGUCCUCGGAGCCGCCCCCACUCUCCCUGGCGGGCCCGCACCCUGGCAUGGGAGAUGCAUCCAAUCACAUGGGACAGAUGUAAAAGGGUCCAAGUUGCCACAUUGCUUCAUUAAUACAAGAGACCACUUCCUUAACAGCUGUAUUAUCUUAAACCCACAUAAACACUUCUCCUUAACCCCCUUUUUUGUAAUAUAAGACAAGUCUGAGUAGUUAUGAAUCGCAGACGCAAGAGGUUUCAGCAUUCCCAAUUAUCAAAAAACCGAAAAACAAACAAAAAAAAAAUGAAAGAAAGAAAAAAAGCGCAACUUGGGGGGGUGACUCUCUUUAACAUAUCAUUUAGAAUGUUUAAAGCAGUAUGUGCAGGCUGAGACGCAGCCCAGAGACUGAAUGGCAAUCUUUCCACACUGUGGAACAAUGCAUUUGUGCCUAAACUUCUUUUGGAGAAAAAAAAAAUAUAUAAUUAAUUUGUAAGUCUGAAAAAAAUAUUUAAUUUAAAAAAAUUGUAAACUUGCAAUAAUGAAAAAGUGUACUUCUGAAGAAAACUACAUGACCGUUUUUGUUGGUAUUCAAGUCAGCUAGUGUUUAUAAUUACCGGAUAUUGAAUAAGGAAGGGAAGCUCGGCUGCCCUCGUAACAAAACCAGCAAACGUCCUGAUGACAGCGAAGUGAUGACAUUAGCCAUUCCUUAGGGUAGGAGGGACAGAUGGAUCUUAUAGACCUAUGACAAAUAUAUAUAUAAAUAUAUAUAUAAAUAUAUAUUAAAAAUUUAGUGACUAUGGUAA